UUAACAGCAAAGAUCAGCCUCGUGUUCCUUAUCUCUUUCCCUUCCAAUCCCAUACUCCCAUUUUAUUUUUUAUUUUUAUUUUUGGGUUCCAACUUGAAGAAUUUCUGGAUUCCAAUGAGAAUACAUUGAGAGUGUGUUGAACAUUCAACAUGUACUCGUUGAUGUCAACGCCUCUCUGCAACUAUGGCGUUUCAAAGCUCCCUUUACCACCUUCUUUCAACUUAAAACACAACUACCCCAAGUUUCUCAGUUGCAGAAAAGCCUUGCAAAUACAUGUUAAUGCGACAAAUGAAGUCGAUGCUCAGACAGGAACAGUUGAGGAAGAACCCAAAGAAGAAAAUUUAGAAUCUGAACCCAGAAAAGAAAGCAAAAGCAUCUCCAGUGCUACUUCCACUACACCCCUUGACAAGGACCUCAAAAAGGUGGUUCAGAAAACUGCUGCAACCUUUGCACCAAGGGCUUCUACUGCUACUAAAAACCCUGCUGUGCCUGGAACUACCUUGUAUACUGUUUUCGAAGUUCAAGGCUAUGUCUCAUUGCUGUUAGGUGGAGCUUUGUCUUUUAAUCUCAUAUUUCCAUCUAAUGAACCUGAUAUUUGGAGAUUGAUGGGGAUGUGGUCCAUUUGGAUGUUCACAAUCCCGUCACUUCGAGCUCGAGACUGUUCGAAGAACGAAAAAGAAGCUCUUAAUUAUCUUUUCCUCAUCAUCCCCUUGCUCAAUGUUAUAAUCCCUUUCUUUUGGAAGUCUUUUGCAGUUGUCUGGUCUGCAGACAUCGUAGCCUUCUUUGCCAUGUAUGCCUGGAAGCUUGGAUGGCUACAGAAAACAGAGUAGGAACUACGUGCACCGUGACCUUUGGAUCAAUGCUGCUAUUAUACUCAUGAUGGGCGUGAGACACUGCAGCAACUCGCAACCAGGAUGAAGAUUAUAUACAUGAUUAAUGAGGCGAGACAUGGAUGAAAAUCACUUGAGAAAUGUAAUUACAAACCGACAUCGAUUAAUCGAUAUUCUUGGAAUCUAGUUGUUUCCCAGGAUGUAUAUGUGCACACUCAUAAGUCCUUUUGGAGAAUCUAACGAUUUAAGUUUCUGAA